AAAAAAAAUAUUUCUUGUUGCAGCCUUUACCCACAUCUCUACUCAAGAGCAUACAUUAACUUUAGAAAUCCUGAGGACAUCCUUCUUUUCAGAGAUCGCUUUGAUGGCUAUGUCUUCAUUGAUAAUAAAGGUUUAGAGUAUCCUGCAGUAGUUGAAUUUGCUCCAUUCCAGAAGAUUUCAAAAAAGAAAUUAAAGAAAAAAGAUGCAAAAGCCGGGAGCAUUGAAGAUGAUCCAGAAUAUAGGAAAUUUUUAGAGAGUUACUGUGCAGAUGAAGAAAAAAUAUGUGCCAAUCCUGAGACUCUUUUGGGAGAGAUUGAAGCCAAAACAAGGGAACUCAUUGCUAGAAGAACCACACCCCUUUUGGAAUAUAUUAAAAAUAGAAAAUUAGAAAAGCAGAGAAUACGAGAAGAGAAAAGAGAAGAACGAAGGCGGAGGGAACUGGAAAAGAAACGUCUGCGAGAGGAGGAGAAAAGGAAACGCAGAGAGGAAGAAAGACGUAAAAGGAAAGAAGCAGAGAAGCAAAAGAAAAUCUCUGAAAAAGAAAUAAGGAUUAAGCUUCUUAAGAAGCCUGAAAAAGGAGAUGAGCAGGCUAGUGAAAAGCACAAAGAAAAGGGUGAAGAAGAUGACAUUGAAGAAAGCAAAUGGGAAAAGUCAUCUGGAUCUGGGAGUACAAAAUCCAAAGCAUUGGAGGGUUCACUAAAAGAACUCAAGGAAAAGUCACAAAAUGAUAGUGACAAAGAGCAAAGAGAUUUGGAGAGAAGAUUUCGAGAAAAAGACCCAGAAAGGCCAAGGUAUCGACUGGACGAUGGCAGAAAGCACAGAGCUCACUAUGAGUAUGACAAGUUUGUGAGAAGGAGUGAAGACGAGCUGAAAUGGGGGAAAGGAUACAGCCAAGACAGAGGAAAGAAAGGGACCCACAGCUACAGCUUCACUGUGGAGACAGUAGACAAACUGGGUAAAGAGGACAAGUGUGAUGACAUGGCAUCCAAAAAGGAGCGCAUAAGAAAUAAGGAUCGCCCGGCCAUGCAGCUGUACCAGCCAGGAGCUCGCACCCGAACGCAUGCGGGAGCUACAAGUAGAACGUGCGACUGCACUGGGAAGGCCUUGGAGGAUGCCCUGGACAAGAAGAACGAGGCUGAUAAUUCAGCUGGAGGUGGCUCUGAGAAGAGUGAGGAGGCAGAAUAAAACAAACGGCACCUGUAUACACUGGACUUGUGAAUAGGGAUGGACUUAAGAUUUAACUUUGCCACAAAAAUCCAUAAGCUGCUUCAGAGCUCCACAGAUUGCACCAAUGGAAUUAUAGUACCUGUCUGUAAC